AUGCCUCGUGUCAAGACAAGAAGAACCAAGCCUGCCCCUGACGGCUUCGACAAAAUCAAGCCGACCCUGACGGAUUUCGAGGUCCAGCUGAGAGAUGCGCAGCGGGACAACACCUCCAAGCUCGCCGCCAAGUCCUCCGAGCAGCUCUGGGAGAUUCUGCAGAUCCACCACCAGCGCUCUAGAUACAUAUAUACUCUGUACUACAAGAGGAAGGCCAUCUCUAAGGACCUGUACGAUUGGUUGCUCAGGGAGAAGUACGCGGACAAGCUGCUCAUUGCCAAGUGGCGGAAGACUGGCUACGAGAAGCUGUGCUGUCUGCGCUGCAUCCAAAAGAACGAGACCAACAACGGCAGCACCUGCAUCUGCAGGGUGCCUCGUGCGCAGCUGGAACAGGAAGCACAGAAGAAGGCCACGCAGGUUUCUUUCCACGAAUGUGUCCACUGCGGUUGCAGGGGAUGCGCCAGCACAGACUAA